AUGACCUGAUAUUACCAACAAUGGCAACUGCAGCUGUGCGCAUGUUUCGGCGACUGGAAGGUCUGUUUUGUGUGUACAAACCCUCCGGUGUUCACUGGAAACUCGUCCGGGACAACAUCGAGACAGCUCUUCUGAAAGGUUUAAAUGCUGCACCGUCCCAGCCUUGUCCUCAAGAGGUCCGCUUCUUGACCCACCCGGGCAGUGAUACUGACGCACCCAAGGGACUCACACUGUCUGUAGCCUCUGUGCCUGUACUGUCCAAACAUCACCUGGUAACUGGACCUGAAUUCCAGCGUAUUCGAGUUGGAGUGGGACAUCGCCUGGAUGCGUUUUCCUCUGGUGUUCUAGUUCUUGCAGUCGGGAAUGGAAACAAGGUCCUGAAUAAUCUCUACAGAACACGAAUCACAAGGGAUUACACAUUGGAGGGUGAGUUUGGGACUGCAACAGAUGAUUUCUCUCACACGGGUCGUGUUGUGGAAAGGUCCACCUAUGAUCACAUCACACAGGAUAAGCUGGACAGAGUACUGGCCAUGCUGCAGGGAGCCAAUCAAAAGGCCUUGUUAAUGUAUUCCAGUGCAGACAUGCACACACAGGAAGCCUAUGAGAUGGCUGUGCAAGGUUUACUGGGUCCGGAGGGGAAAUCACUGCCCAUUUUGACAGGCCUGCGUUGCAUUCACUUCCAGCCCCCCAACUUCACUCUAGAGGUGCAGUGCCUAAAUGAGACUCAGAAAUAUUUGCGCAAAGUUGUGCAUGAGAUAGGACUUGAGCUGCGUAGCACAGCAGUGUGUAAAAGAGUUAGACGGACCAGAGAUGGACCCUUUACACUGCAGGAUGCCCUGACACAUCACCACUGGACUGCUGCUGAUGUCAUGCAUGCCAUCCGGCAAUACCACUUCUCUAAGAAAAAUAAAAAGCACUCCCAAUCACAUGUCCGGAAACCAGGAUUACAACCACGUGAAGAGAAUACGACAGUGAGUCAACAGAAUGAAACCGAUGAGGAAGCAGCGCCGGCAGGUAGAAUUCAAUAACUUGUUGCUGUGACCAGCAGGUGAUAAAAGCCACUCCGGUAGAUGGUCACAAAAACCUCACAAAGACUCUAUGAGCCUGGACACUGCAUCACUUUGGGUUUGGCUCAGCUGGUAAAAGAGAUUUCAAAGACCGUAGAUCCAGGUUUCUAAAAGACAGAGUUAGUAUCAAAAUGGACACAAUUCAUUACAUGAUGUAUUUGUUUAAUAUGCAAACUUCUCUCCAUCUACAGAAACAAUGGCUGUUAUUGUGUAAAUGUUCCAAUGUUUUCACCCUUGUUGUAUGUUGCGCAGGUAAUUUUAAAAUAUUUACCAAAUCUUC